CAUUUGGAUCUAUUCGCUUUGAUACAAAAAAUAAAAUAUCUCUAAAAUGGGGCGAUUUUAUCGUAAUACUGUGCUAAAGUUAUGAGUAAAACACAAUAAAAAAUAGCAGUUCUUUAAUUCCGUUGCAUUAAUGUGGAUUCUGUGACGUUAUUUGCCAAAAACGGCGAGAAAAAUACAUAUUUCUACGCGACUACGUUUUCUCACAUUUAACGUUGAAAUGUUAUGAUAAAAACAAUGUUUCAUUCAUAAAAAGUGAUUUAAUUCCAAAGUGAAUCUCUUGACUGUGUCCAUUACGUGUUUACUGUGUUAAAUAACUGUAUAUUUGUGUGUAAAAUGCGUACGUAGAUCGACUGCCAGACAUGGUUAUCGCAGACCUAUUUAUAUCGUAAAUAUUUAUAUUCCGCGGUGGUACUGUGGCUUUUAAUGAGUUAUAAGUGGUGCACAUAAAGCUGUAAUGUAGUUUUAGUGUGUUUAUUUAGUGGUGAUCUUAAGAGGAUCUUAUAUGGCGGUCAAUUUUUGAUUGGACUGUGAACUUUGGUUUUCAAGUAUCGCGGGUGGAUCCUAUGUUAAAAUGGUUACGAUGAACUCUUCAGAAAAGGCUGCUCAGAAGGCCUGUCAGCAAGGACCAUCCAGGGACAACUCUAAGUAUGUAAAAGAAGAGAAAGACAAAGACAAAAAGGACACAAAAGAUGGCGCAAUCUCCAACCUGCCGCCAAACGUGCAGGCUCUUAUGUCCACCAUACCCUCGCCGGAGGAAUCGCCCAACUACCUCAUUUACAAGAAGAUGGAAGCCAUCAUCGAGAAGAUGCAAGAUGAGAACACGGGGGUUCCCGUGAAGACGGUCAAAAGCUUCAUGUCUAAAAUACCAUCGGUGUUCACCGGCGCGGACCUGGUCGCGUGGCUGUCCCGCUCACUGCGCUUACAAGAUACCUGGGAAGCGUUGCACCUGGCACACCUGUUAGCAGCGCACGGAUACCUGUUCCCGAUCGACGACCACAACCUGACCGUGAAGAACGAUAGCACGCACUACAGAUUCCAAACACCAUACUUCUGGCCGUCAAACCAAUGGGAACCAGAGAACACUGAUUAUGCUGUGUACUUGUGCAAGCGUACGAUGCAGAACAAAGCCCGCUUAGAACUUGCCGACUACGAAGCGGAGUCACUAGCGCGCCUUCAGAAGAUGUUCAGUCGCAAGUGGGAGUUCAUAUUCAUGCAGGCUGAAGCUCAAAGCAAGGUGGACAAGAAGCGGGAUAAACUGGAGAGAAAAGUUCUGGACAGCCAGGAGAGAGCCUUCUGGGACGUGCACCGACCUAUGCCCGGCUGCGUUAAUACAACUGAGCUGGAUCCACGUAAACUGUCUCGCAUCAACGCUCUGAAAGCUAAGCGGCUGCGGCAGGCACAAGAACUCAUCCUGCAACAUAACCUUAAGAACAAUCCAAUCGUGACAAUAACCAAUGCUCAAGAAAGCGAAGAACAGAUACAGAAAAAGAACGAAAAUAAUUCAGUCAAAGAAAAUGGAGAGACAUCCCAGCCAGACGCAUCCGCAGCGCCCGAAGCGGAAGCGAAGCAGAAGGGAAGCAUCGAGCAGCAGAUCGAAGCGGCGCGCAGGCAAAUCGCCGUGCUCAAAGCGCGCAUCGAGAGACGAAACGUACGCGUCAGCAAGGUGGCUGAGAUGUUUAUAUCCUACUGCGAGCAGUAUGCCGAAUACGACGCGUUCCUGACACCGCCCGAGUGGCCCAACCCGUGGGUAUCUGAUACAACAGAGCUUUGGGACCAGGAGAAACAGUGCAAAGACCCGUUGCCGCUUCGUCGCGUGCGACGCUGGGCUUUCAGCCUGCGCGAGCUGUUGCAAGACCCGGCUGGAAGGGAGCACUUCGCCAAGUUCCUGUCCAAGGAGUUUAGCGGGGAGAACCUUAAAUUCUGGCUGGCCGUGCAGGAGUUGAAAGCGCUUCCCAUCCGUCGCGUCGCGGCGCGCGCGCGCGAGAUAUGGAAGGAGUUCCUGGCUUCAGACGCGCCGUCGCCCGUCAACAUCGACGCCGCUAGCAGAGAGCUGACCCGCACCAAAGUCGAAUCUGGGACCGCGGAUAGAUACUGCUUCGACCAAGCGCAGGCACACGUAUGGCACCUGAUGAAGUCCGACAGCUACUCGCGUUACCUUCGCUCGGAAAUGUACAAGGAGUACCUCAACGGCUCCAAGAAAAAGACAUCUGUCAAAGGCAUACGAUCAAUCGUCUCGUUCACCGCUAGAAAAGAAACGUCUAGCAACUAAAGAACAACAGGUAAACGGAAGACAGAAGAACAGAAAGAAGUAAGGCAAGCUAACGCCCUAAUAUACCAAAGAACGUGACCGCGUGAAGAGUACCGGUAAAUCUGGAUACCGGUACGAAACCGGUUUGGCUAUAUAACGGUAUUAUUUAACUGAUUUCAGUUGAAAUCUUGAUACCGGUACGUAACCGGUUUGAUU